AUGGACUCUCCACCUGCGCUUGAGAUGCGGUUGCUGGUUGCCGAAGAUCGCGGGACAGGGCCCGAACGGUCCUUGAGCGGUACCUUCCCUGAUAGAGAGUCCAGACAGCUGCCCCAGGCAUCAGUCGAGUCGCAAUUUUGGAGUACUCCCAAAGCGUGCCUCGCAGCCUUGGUGGGGCCAUCGAAUCGUGUUUGUCUUGAAUCGCCCGCUGUCGUCAAGGUUCUUUAUCGCCCGGGGUCCAAUGCGCAAGGCUUGCCUUCAGAUGUGACUGCAGUUCAGGUUGAUAUUACCGAUGAGGAGACUCUGGUGGCUACUCUCCGGGAUGUCGAUAUUCUCAUGCUGAUAGAUGGCCAUUCUGCAAUCAAGUCCCAGCACAAUCCGAUCAGAGCCAUCCCAAAGACCAAAGUUCAAUUGUUUGUGCCUUCCGAUUUCGCCGUGAGAUACAGCGGGCAGGGACUAGGAAUUGAGCUCAUCAAUGACAAGAUCAAAGUGGAAGAGGCAGCGGAGAAGUCGGGUGUGCCGACAACAGUCGUGUUGACCGGCGACUUCGCGGAGUUUGCGUUUGAUAUACAAGCCAUGGGGGUGGAUCGUAGGCACGAUCGCAUCAUUCUUACGGGAAACAGUGCAUCGCAGCCACUGAAUCCCUGUACCCGUGAAUAUGUUGCAGCAGCCUUUGCGUCCAUCUUCAGCACCACGCCUAUACCCCAGCUUCAAAAUCGCACCCUCAGCUUGUCAGAACUAAGACCGUAUCUACAUAUCAAAUCUUGA